CGAAUUUUCCUCUUCAAAACUUAAGUAAUCCAAGCUUUUUUUUAGAAAAAGACUAUAAGAGUACAUAAGUAGUAAAUACAUUCUUAUUACCUUUGAUUACGAAGACAAAAGAAAAUGGAUACUUCACAUUGCCAUUAUCAAGGCUACAUCCUUCUUCUAGUUCUACUUUAUUCAUCUAUGUUUGAUGUAGCUUCAAAUAUAGACAUUUCCAGUGAUGCAAGAGGCAGCAAAACCGAUAGUAACCCGAAACAAUAUGUGAACUGUGGAAAUUAUGAAGUUAAAAGGAGACAGAUGACUGUUUCUUGUUCCAAAUCAGCUGAAUAUAUUAUUACAAAGAUCAAUUUCGCUGAUUAUGGCAAUCCUACCGGUUGUAGUGAGGAGCAUAAAGUUAGUAGACAUGGCAAUUGCGGCGCACCAGAUACCUUGAGAAUCGUCAAAAAGAAUUGUCUUGGAAAACACAAGUGCGAGCUUUACGUUUCAGAUGAGAUGUUUGGUCCGAGUCACUGCAAGAAGGAUAUUAAGCUCAUUGUUGUAUUCACAUGCACAAAAGCUUAGGUUUUUUUAUUUUCUCCUUAAUAAAGGACUUAAUAUAAUUCUGGUUAAUUUGUUUCCUUUUAUUGUAUCGAUCAAGUUCUUGUUGAUAAUUAAAGGAACAUUUCAUAUUUUGUUUUUCUAUUUGUUAUUUUGCAACUGAUGAAUUCUAAAAUUCACUCAGAAAUAGGGUUUACGGAUAAAGAGACUUGGUUGACAAGUAAGCUCGACAUAGAAAGACUAAGCUAUGAUCAACUAUAUAGAAAAUGAGUUGUCUAUUGAUGAAUACAAAGGGGUUUUGGAUAACAAUGGAGACUGUAUGUAAUCAGAGUAUAGUUUAGCUAUCCAGAAUUCGGAUCCCAUGUAUUUGGCUCUUUCUUCUUCUUUUAUAGGUCUUCUUGGCUGAUCUUAACGGUGGAGUGAUCUCCGACGUGGACCGAGCACUUUAAUAAUGGUUUUUAAUGCGUUUGAUUUCUUUACGUUUCCAGUUGACUCCUCCGUGAUUGGCGUGUUUAACUCCUUGAACCCGGGAUAGGCUUUGACCUUCGUGGGCCUAUGUUUCUCUCUUUGGCCAUGAUGGUGAUCGUAUUUGGGCUUUACUUCUUUUGGGUCAGGAUCUCGGACUGGGUCUAGAGCUGGGUGAAACUGGGCGCCAAAAAUAGCCCCUCCCCACAGAGUCUGAUGUGUCUCAGGUCGUCAGGUGAUUUGGGUAUCGAAUCUGACUUACAUGGUGUAUUUGAGACCAUUGGUAUGUUUGCAUACCGAGAUCCGGUUUGAAAUUCUGGUUUAGCGUAUUUAUUGCGGAUCUGGUUUAGGGGUUUUGAUGGACGAUGGAAAGCGAAUCAUCCACAUAGUUGCAAUCAUUCCUUUCACAGCUCUUAGUUCUUCGGGUAUAAAUUAUUGUGUCUUGUUCUCCAUUUUUUAUUAUUGCUUGCUUUGAGGAAAACGAAAGGUUUUAUUUCUUUAUGGCUUUGUAAUUGUGUCAUUCGUUCUUCAAUCGUUGUCUUGAUUAGUUAGGAUUUUUUUUAGAGAUCGUCCUGAUUCCUUAUUGUUUAACUUCGCGGUUUCAGACCAGUGGUUCCUCUUGCUGCGUGAGUGUUUCUGGUAAGCUUGUCUUUCGUUUUGAUAUAUGUUGUUUCAUUCAUGUCUUGAAUGUUUUUUAUUUUUGAUGCUUUGGUUGUAGUUCUUGCUAAAAAUGGUUAAACCGACUGUUGCAAUUCCCGAUUUUACUCAAAGGGUGAUGCAUUCUGCUCGAAAAAAAGAGGCCAGAGAAGCGAGGAAAAAAAAUCUGCUCAAGAUGAGGUAGCUCGAAAAGCGGCCUCUGAAGUGGUCGCUGGUGCGACCGCGGCUCAUGGUUCUACUGUGGGGGUCACUCCCUUCGGUGUUCCCAAGGUCAGAAAGAGCCUUUCUGAUGUUCAAGUUGCUACCGAGGCUGCGGCUUUGGCUCCUCCUUCUAGUUCUGUGACCGCUGGCGGUCUUGAUGUUUUGGUGUUGCCUUCUGAGAUUGCUGACAUUUAGCAUCGAAGCCACAACCGCAGUAAUAGAGUCCUCUGGACCUACCGCGGUUCGUGUCCCUGAUUGGGGUUGAGGCUUCGAUGGAGCCUCCAUCUUUUUUGGUGCUUCCUCUUCCUCCUACUAGAGGUUCUCUUCCAGAGUCUAUCCCAAAGGAGGCCGCCCUAGAGGCUUCUCGUUGUUCUUCUGAUAAUCGGGAUCGGAGGUCCGAGCUGUCUCAUAGGUCAUCGAUGUUAGAAUGGGAGAAUUAUUGAGAGUUUAUUUCUGGAGAAUGAAAAACAUGAAGAACAUGAGAGAAAGAGAAAGUAUGAGAGAGAUGUAGAUUUCAAAAUGUAAGAGAGAGAAGGAGAGAAUAAUUUCCUUAAUUUAAUUGUAGAUCUGGAUAUAAGUAUUUAAAGGCAAGUUGACUCAGUACACAAUACAAUAAAAUAUUCAUUGUUUUUAAAUA